AGCUGGGGCUGGCACGGUCGCAUCUUGAUCGCUCCCUUGCUCCCUCGCUCCCUGGGCGCCGCCUCCUCUUUCUCCUCCUACUCUUCUUCCUCCUUCUCCUCCACUGCUUCUGUCUCCUUCUCCUCUCCUUGCCCGGCCGCCGCCGUCGAGCCUCCCGCACCGUCAUGGCGAACCUGAGCCCCAGCAUCGUGAUUGAAGAUGAUGAACCAGGCUAUGACCUGGACUUAUUCUGCAUCCCUAAGCAUUAUGCUCAAGAUCUGGAAAAAGUAUUCAUUCCUCAUGGACUUAUCAUGGACAGGACCGAACGUUUGGCACGAGAUGUGAUGAAGGAGAUGGGAGGCCACCAUAUCGUUGCCCUCUGUGUCCUAAAGGGUGGCUAUAAAUUCUUUGCUGAUUUGCUGGAUUAUAUCAAGGCACUGAACAGAAAUAGUGAUAAAUCAAUUCCUAUGACGGUAGAUUUUAUCAGAUUGAAGAGCUACUGUAAUGACCAGUCAACAGGGGACAUAAAAGUGAUUGGUGGAGAUGAUCUCUCAACUUUAACUGGAAAGAACGUCUUGAUUGUUGAAGACAUAAUUGACACGGGUAAAACGAUGCAGACUUUGCUUUCUCUGGUCAAGCAGUAUAAUCCAAAGAUGGUGAAAGUAGCCAGCUUGCUGGUGAAAAGGACACCUCGAAGUGUAGGAUAUAGGCCUGACUUUGUUGGAUUCGAAAUUCCAGACAAAUUUGUUGUUGGAUAUGCCCUUGACUACAACGAAUACUUCAGGGACUUAAACCAUGUCUGUGUCAUUAGUGAGACUGGCAAAGACAAGUACAAAGCAUGAGAUGCAACUUGGUGUGCAGAGAAGCUUUGAAACACUUUGGGGAAACCCAUCAACUUCACCUCUGGACCACCAGCUAAAUUUGUCCAAUGUUUCAGCCCUGUGACCAUCUGCUUAUUAGAGCUUUUUGCAUGUACUGUAUCUUGUCUGUUUUAUAUUUUAGGAAUGUCAAACAGUUGCUGCAGUUCUGAUUGCCGUUUCAUUUGCACUACAAAACCUAAAGAGACUAUCACUACCCCUGGGUGGGUUGUAUUGCUUGAAUUGCUGUUUGACUUACGAAUGGGAAAUUACUUAAACCACACCGACACUGAAUUGAAAUAGUUAAAGUAUUGUGAAUGUAAGAGAUGUUUAAAGAGGAUAUAUUGAUUUUUUAAAUUGGUAAUUUAAUUUUAUAUGUUAAUGAAACGCAGAGAAGUGAUUGAAUAUUGUUAGUUAACACCUUUUCGGUGUCAAAAGAGGGAGCAGUCAAUUUCAAUAUCUGUUCCAGUUCUGUUAUAGAAUCUAAGAGGUUUCAUUAUUUUAUGAUAACCCUAUCUAUCUCCUGGAAUUACAUUAUUAUUUCAAGAACUUUGGUUAUUGUUGCUAACAGGGAAUUAAAAUGGAAGCAAAGAGUUAAUUUUAUUGAGAUGGGCAAUAGAAUGAAAAGCCAAAAAAAAAAAAAAAAAAGUUCACUGAGCUGUCUG